AUGGCUCAGACAACGUACAAUGUGACGAUUCCGCAUACAUCAAUUGAGAUCGACUAUGGAUCCGACUGGUUUGCAGACUGUCCCAUCACCGAUGGAAAGAUGGUCUGUGGAGACGCACAGGGAAACGUCCAAGGCUCUCACACCACGAACGUGACCUCUGCCAACUUUCGUUUUAAAUUUUAUGGCACGGCACUCGAACUUUAUGGAGAGGCAGACUCUGGGAUGACAAUCAAACUGGCAAUCAACUCUGGGAAUGCGAUCACGCUGUCGCCCAGCAAUGGCGUCUGGACCUCUAUCCCCGACUUUACGGUCGGUUGCACAUCGUACAGUUGUCGUGACCAGUCGCUUUCGACUAGCUCGGUCUACAACUACAACACCGCCUCUAUCAGCAUUACUCAGUAUACUGUCGGAGCCAAGGCUUCGUUUUCAAAGGCUGUCUAUGCAUAUGGAACUCGAAGGAUAGGCGCCACAGCGUCCGUCACGACAUACUCGAACACGGAUUCUCGCAUUAGGUUCACUACGGGAUGGACUACAAACUCUACCACCUUUGGCUUCUCUUAUCGACAGAGUGGAGAGGAUGUUGCGCGGCAGUUUGAUCUUUCGUUCGACGGACAAGCCGUCUGGAUCUGGGGAUUUUGUGGACGGCGAGCAAAUGGCUACGAUUCUACUUCGUACGGUAUAGCUACUGUCAACUCGGAUGACGAGUAUCUCUGGGCCAGCAGCGGAGAGCCAUAUAGUUCGCCAUUGAAACCACAGGACCUCAAGUGUCUAAUUUAUUUUGUCGGGAACCUCAAAGAUAGUGGGAAUUCGCUCACGUACGACUCACGGGAGUACCAGUUCUUACUGCACUCGAUUGAUGUCCUCACCGUCUCGGGUGGAACUACGUUCACCCCGACGACGACAACUACCCGCUACGGUCUAUCGACGGCCACUGGAUUAUCAGGAGGUGGAGGCUCCAUUAGCAGCUUUGGCACCACCGAUGGAACAUCGAAAGCUGGUUUGAUCGCUGGACCUGUCGUGGCCGUCGUCCUCGCGCUCGUUAUCGGCAUCACCGCUGCCAUCUUCAUCCGCAAGAAAGCCAAGGCCAACAAGCUUGCCGCUGCUGGUGCACCAAUGGGUCAAGGAGGAAGCAUAAACCACGCUGCGUCCAUAUCGAUCGUCAAUACGCCUCCAGGACAAGAGUACAAGCCGGUGGAUCCGAUUACACCAUAUACCCCACCGACAAGUGGAUAUUUCAACUAUACUCCCCCUCCGCCGCAAACUCCACAUCCACAACCGGUGGCUCAGGUCUGA